UAAUUAAAUAUUCAGAAAUUUAAAAACUGCAUGAAUUUAUCAGCAACGGCAAACAGGCCCCGUUGGUCACGUGAUGUUGUUUUGAAAAUGGCGUCUCCCAGUGGAGGUGAUGACUUGGAGACCUCUCUGCUGAGCUUUGAAAAGUUAGACCGGGCUUCACCAGAUCUGUGGCCGGAGCAAUUGCCUGGUGUAGCAGAAUUUGCAGCUUCUUUUAAAAGUCCAAUAACCAACUCCCCACCCAAGUGGAUGGCUGAACUGGAGAAUGAUGACAUUGAGAUGUUAAAAGAAUUAGGGAGCUUGACCACUGCCAACCUGAUGGAGAAAGUAAAAGGGCUGCAGAAUCUGGCCUACCAGCUUGGACUGGAAGAGUCCAGAGAAAUGACCAGAGGAAAAUUUCUGAAUAUUUUGGAGAAACCCAAGAAGUAAUCGUCUUUGGUCAGUAGGACUUCAGUAAACAAACGUGUGAUUGGUGAUGAGAUUGAAGAACACUUGUAGAGCACCUCCACAGCGUGCAGCAGGCUCUCUUACUGCGGCAUCGUGAACAUUCGGGACACCUGGAAAAAAGCACCCUGGAGUGAACUGAACAGGCCAGUCUUGUACAUGCCAUUGAUGUGUAGCCAUUUUGUCAGUUCAUAAAUAGACUUCUGACUUAAUUUCAACAAACUGACUUCUCCCUUAUUGAUCAGUGACAGUACUACAAAAUUGGAACCACAGGAGAGCAAUCACCUUGCAAAGCUACAUUGCCACAAAUGGUACUCAAGCAUCCCAGAAUUCAUCCCAGGAGUGCAUGCUUGUAGACUCACCAGCUUCAGUGAACUAAAGCCCCACAGUUUUGAAUCCAGUACGGCUUUCAAAUGUUUUCUUUUUCAACCAGCUCCAGGACGAUCCGUUUCAUUUCUGUACUUGCACUAGUAAGGUAGCCCUCCUUAGACUUUCUCUCUGAGUUUUUUUUUAUAUAUAUAUAUAAAUGUCUUGUUUUCUGUACCAUUCAUCUUAUUGCAAUUCUACAUUAACAUUUUAUUGUCUCUUUUAAGUGAGUUCUGUGUUAAACUGUAAUUGUGAAUAAAAUAAUUUUGAGACUGUUA